AUUUGAAUAGCCUCCACCAUGCCAGAGCCUUACCGGCCACUCCCACCUUAUCAUAAUGAGCAUUUAGAUGAAAGUGGAGGCAGGCCAAGCAGCUAUGUGGUACAAAUCCCAUCUACCUCUGAGUGUCAUCAGACCUGUGGUGCGGACCGACACCACAUACCAAUACCUGUGUUGCCUGCUUUGCUGGCUCUUACUUUAGUGCAGAUAGGACUUCUAGUGGCAGUGUUCCUGGUUCCUGUCUUCUCUGAAACCCUACCAAUCUCCACCAAUGCUUUCUCUGUCUUACAGUACCUCUAUGUUGUGUGCUGGGCAAUUAUUUCAUUCCUCUCAUGGUGCAUUGUGAAUGAAUUCCAUCGUAUUUGGCUGCUUGGCUACCACCAAUUCCACCGGACCACAAAGCACCUGCAUGCUGCCUCAUUCUUCAUCUACACUGGAGGGUUGGUACUGUACACUGUGCUGGCCACGGCUGUGAGGGACUACUGCCCAGCCGGCGCCCUAGGUCCCUGCGGUGAACAUGUGCAUCUUGUGCCAGUCAACUACCAGCAGAUCAUUGUUGUUGCCCUCACACUCUGCUCGUUUAUAUUCAACAUCAAACUCAUGAACGAUGUUUACCGCUUCAAUCAACAAGAGCUCCCGCCCGACGUGCUCGUCGAUGAUCUCGGUGUGCGGCUGAGCCAAGCUAGCUCCUUCGCCGGUGCUGGAGACAGAGACGUGAUGUGCACCAUAUUGGACGCGCAAGGCUGCAUGAUCGAUUUCCUGCGAGACCAACUGACUCGUGUCAACCAGCAAGGCACGUUGCUUGCCCACGUCCUCGAGCAGCAGCACUCUGACCCAUAAUCCUUUAACUAUAUUCCUUAAUAACCUCAACUAUAGUCAUAAAAAUAUCAUGUUCUGUCUUUUAUAUCAGAUUUGUUUGAAUUUCGUCUAUAGUAAGGGAGAGUAACAUGACAAGAACAUUUUAUGACUUUAGAUGUCAAUCAAUUUUGACGAAGGUGACUUCUUCAAGUGGAAAGCAUCUCGGUCGAAAAAACUACCUCCAGGGAAUAUGCUAGUUCCCAUACUCUAUUAUUUUCACUAACUUGAUGUGCACGAUUGAUCUGCAAAGAUGGAUUGAAGAGUUUUUAAUUUAUUACGGAAAUCGUCGCUUUAUUUUGUAACACUAUACCAAUAAUAAAUUUCAAAAGUGUCUAUAUUAGCAUAAGAUUGAGCCGUGUCACAACUAUUUGAUCUGAUAUUUAGUAUAAUCAUAAGUUAUAUUCAUUGCACAUAACAAUUCAUUUCACUUUGCUAUUCAGACAAAUAGUUAUCAAAUUCCGAAACCCAAGUUGAAUGAAUAUCUUGAUGUAUCAGAUCCGCUGCUAUCCACUUGUCUACCUUUGUGUAUUGAACGGAUUUUAUCCCUUUUUCUUAAACGGUUUCACUCGCUCAAUACUAUAAUGCACUAUAGCUAUGAAAUGCACUAUAAAUAGUUUCCAGCUAACUGUUGUUGCUCGUAUGUUUUUCCCUAGUGCGGCGGUCUGAUUAGGCAAUGAAUUGUUUCUCUAUUCUAAUGCCGCUCAGAAACUGAUUUUGAUAAUUACUAUUAAAAUUAGGUAUAAUCAUGAUAAUUAAUCAUUGUUAGUCUCCUAGUGGAUGUCCAUCAGCGAUGGUUUUGGUAGCUCCAACCGGAUUGCUGUCAAUACGGAUUGAAGGAUCUGGCGCAGCUACUUUAGGGUGUUCACUGCACUGCUCACUAAGCGUCGUUCUUGCGAGAAUUGAUAUUCCUCCUCGUGAAAAUAUUUAUAUAAAUGUCAAAAAAUGUAUCGGGACAAAACUAAAGAGCACCUUUAAUUUGAGAUUUUUAAGUAUGCAACCGAUUACAAUUGGUUCGAAUAUUUUCUUCCUAGUCUCUUAUUGCCUGCAUUUCAUUCAUUAUAUAUAUUCCCUGGAUACGUAAGUUCUCUAGGUACAUAAAAGGUGCUAUUAUUGACGCUUACUGUUGUAUGGUCGAGCUUGUAUUCAUGUUUAUCCCAGGAAAUCUGUCGAUCUGAAUGCUUUCUUUGUCUUAAUAUAUUGCGAUACAAAUUACUUGGACUCUCCGUAAUUGUUAGGUACUUUGUUGCCGUGCCAUGUUUGGGACUGAAAUGCUCAUGAAAACUGACUUUUUCCAAUCUAUUCAAUUUUUGCCAUGAUUAUUAUUAUGCAGUGAAAUAUGCAUUGCGCCUUUAAUUUUCUUAGCAUUUGUUAUAAUUUAAUAGUUUGAAUAAAAUUUCACAAUUUUUAUUUAUGCCUUGCAGUGCUAUACGACUUUGUAUUUUUUUUAUUAACGUAUAUUUAUGCACUGAAUUUCUAUGCAGUUUACCGCUCUGGGGACAAUCAGUUUUUCCUUUGUUCUAAGUGACAUUAGUCGGGUCAGUCUUCUCUUGGCUUUCUGUGUGAUGUUAUGGAAUAAAAAAUGUAUUUUUUAAUUCCUAUAAUUGUUAAUAUUUCGAUUCACUGACUGCAAUACCAUGAAGGACAGAAAAUCUUAUUGGAAAUAGAAUAAAUUCUGUAUGACGCUCUAAGAAAAAGCUUCUUGGGAUCGCGGAAGGUAUGUAGGUACUAAAUUCCCGAAUGUUUAUACACGCCCCAUGGCUAUUAGUAACCGAUCUUAAUGUAGGUAUUACUCCAGAGCGGUGUGUAUCUGUGGUGCUCCUGUUAUUGAAGAGAUUAAUUAUCAGGCAUUUAUUAA